CAUGGAUGUAUAAUGUAUAUUUAACUAUUUUAUAUUUGCUUUAAAAUUUAGUCUAAAGUUAUGCACGAUUUUCACUACAGCAUUUUAAAGUAUGCUACAUGGGAGACAUUUCUGAAACAUUCAAAAGGCGGAUCCACUCCGAUCAAUUGGCACCAUCGUAUGCAAACAGCAUGGUAUCCGCCGAAUACCUGGUCCACAGUCCUGCCGUUUCCCUCUCGGGCGCAAUCAACGCGAGCUUAUACAUGACAAACUCCUUUUUAAUUGGCAGGCCGCUCACAGGCAAAUGUAGGGUGAUGUCGCGCCCUCCGCGGAAUUGCGCAUCCCUCAGGCCAUCCACCUGCAUGGCCGGUGCCUUGUUGAGCACCCGCACCAGGGACCCAUCUUUGGUCGAGUACACGGCGGCGAUGAUUUCGGAAAAGUUCGGUGUAUCGAGCUUGUCCGACGGAAUAUUGAAGCUGACCCGGACCAGGUCUCCAGGACGCACGGAGGUGAUGCGCCGGUUGAGUGUCAGCUUGCCUGCGUCGUUGCUAAGCAGGGCGUCGAGGGUCGUGGGGACUUGGGAAAUUUCGGAUUCGGUCACGUCCUUGUUCAGAAGGUUCAUGGCAGUGACCAUAACGCCGAGGAACGCGGGUGCAAAAAGUAUCCUGGCAAGCUUCAUGGCUAUUUGUAUUUUGUGUUUUGUGUGUGCGUGUGCUUGUGUGUAAAAAAAACAAUAGAGACAGUGAUCAGGUUGAAAAAAAGAUGAAAAAUGUAAUGCCAAAAAAAGAUAUAUAUGGAUGAUUCAACUAUUCACAAAGGAAUAAAUAUUAUUACUAUUAUUAUUAUUA